UCCGAAUCCUUCAAAGUAAACGUGAGUAGUUGGGAUAAUUUACAUUAUCCCAGCCUAUCAUGCAAACGAUGCCUAAAACAUAGCACAAACCUCACUAUAAAUAUGUCUUUCCCUUUUCUCGUUCUUAAUUUCACUCUCAUUUUCAACCAUCUCCUCUGAAAUUUCUCCUCUGUCUAGAGUCCAGCUUCAGAUCAGAUUCUUCGGAGUGAAAAAAAAAUGAGGGCGGCGAUGUUGAGAUCUGUUCUCCUGAGGAGCACCGCCUCAUCCACAGCGUCGGGCCGCGCCUUCUCCUCGGCUUCGGCGCCGGAGCGGAAGGUGGCCGUUUUGGGGGCCGCCGGCGGGAUCGGGCAGCCCCUGUCUCUUUUGAUGAAGUUGAAUCCUCUUGUCUCGAACCUAGCUCUCUACGAUAUCGCCGGAACACCCGGCGUCGCUGCUGACGUCAGCCACAUCAACACCAGAUCUGAGGUAAAAGGAUAUGCAUCAGAAGAGCAGCUGGGGCAGGCUUUGGAAGGUUCAGAUGUUGUCAUCAUUCCAGCUGGUGUGCCCAGAAAGCCAGGCAUGACUCGUGAUGAUCUUUUCAAGAUUAAUGCCGGCAUUGUCAAGAGUCUCUGCGAGGCCAUUGCCAAAUACUGCCCCAAUGCUCUCGUCAAUAUGAUUAGCAACCCUGUGAAUUCAACUGUGCCAAUUGCUGCUGAGGUGUUCAAGAGCAAGGGAGUUUAUGACGAGCGGAGACUGUUCGGUGUCACCACUCUUGAUGUUGUUAGGGCCAAGACCUUCUAUGCUGGGAAGGCCAACGUGAAUGUAGCUGAUGUCAAUGUACCUGUUGUUGGUGGUCAUGCUGGAAUUACCAUUCUCCCCUUGUUUUCACAGGCCUCACCAAAGGCAAAUCUGUCAGAUGACGAAAUUAUAGCUCUUACCAAGAGAACACAAGAUGGUGGGACGGAAGUUGUUGAAGCUAAGGCUGGAAAGGGUUCAGCUACACUUUCAAUGGCUUAUGCUGGGGCCUUGUUUGCUGAUGCUUGCUUGAAAGGACUUAAUGGUGUUCCAGAUGUUGUGGAAUGUUCUUUUGUGCAAUCCACUGUGACCGAACUACCUUUCUUUGCAUCCAAGGUGAGACUCGGGAAGAAUGGCGUAGAGGAGGUCUUGGGUUUGGGUCCUCUGUCGGAUUACGAGAAACAAGGACUGGAAGCCCUCAAGGCAGAGUUGAAAAGUUCUAUCGAUAAGGGAGUUGCUUUUGUCCACAGCAACUGAUGUGAUUCCCUCUGCUGAACUGAACUACAUUACAUUUGUUAAGACUCCAAUCACAAUUUUGCCUUCAUUUUCGCUACAUUGUUACUGGAGGUGGCAUCUGGCUUUGUGAUGUUUUGGCUUUAAUUUGGUUUAGCAUGUUUCACAUGUAAUAAUGCUCGACUGACACAUUCAACAGUAUUUGCCCGUGAUGUGAAUCGUGUGGUUUGUCUGAUGCUCAAGUAUUUGGAUUUUCUAGUCUAGAGGAGCAUAUGCCAGUUUGCUACAAUUCAAUAAAGGAUAUGUGUUUCACUUUCUAAGCCAUCUCGUUCGUUAUAAUUUCUUACUAUAUUCACUAUUUUUUGGUGGAAAAAAUUUGCUGUAUACAAAAUGUAAUGUCUAGCACAGUAUUUUACAAUAUUUCAAUAAUAUCAACGUGGUCAAGUCUGUUACUGAGCUGACGGGAAGCAACUACAUUUCACCAAGCACCAAGUUACAAUUUUCCCAAAGUAAAAUCGACAAGGCUACCAACCCGCAACAUUUUUGAAAACAUAAAACCGAAAACAUAAAACCGAAAAUAAAAUCCGAUGACACCCACUAAAUUAAAACUCUGUACACUACCAUAAUA